AACCUCGGCUGCAGCAGUAGAGUAGAGAGUGGUAGUGUUGUUCGCCGCUGUCAGUUUAUAGUCUAAAUUUGCUGGAAAAUCGUGAAAAAAUUGCAGUUUUUCGGUGCUUUUGUGUGAAACAAUUUUGAUUAUAUUCUUCGGAACAUGUUGAUGCUUAUAUGUUCUGCCUUUGCUCUGUGACACCAGGCAAACUUGUUCCAAAAUACUAAUAAUAAUGACGUGGUUGUAAACACAGACUCAUAGCCUCACUUGCCAUGGCUUAUCAAACUCUUCGUCAAGAGUACCUUCAAAUGCCCGUGGUGACACGGGCAUACACCACAGCAUGUGUCCUGACAAGUUUAGCAGUUCAAUUGGAUUUGAUAUCCCCUUUUCAACUUUAUUUCAACCCCAUCCUCAUAGUCAAACAAUUUCAGAUAUGGAGGCUAUUUACAACAUUUUUAUUUUUUGGGACCGUUGGUCUCAAUUUCUUUUUCAAUGUAAUAUUUACAUACCGUUAUUGCAGAAUGCUAGAAGAAGGAUCGUUUAGAGGUCGUACGGCAGAUUUUGUUAUGAUGUUCAUCUUCGGCGGUGUUUCCAUGAUUAUAUUUGCAUUUUUUGUAAGUUUGCUAUUCCUUGGUCAGGCGUUUACCAUCAUGUUGGUCUAUGUAUGGUCCAGGAGGAAUCCAUAUGUUAGAAUGAGUUUUUUCGGAGUUCUCAACUUCAAUGCACCCUACCUCCCGUGGGUACUUCUUGGAUUUUCAUUGCUUAUGAGCAAUGCAGUUUGGGUUGAUUUUGUAGGAAUAGCAGUUGGGCAUAUGUACUUUUUCAUUGAAGAUGUUUUCCCAAAUUUGAGUGGUGGUUUCCGACUCUUGGUGACUCCUCAAAUACUGAAACGGCUGUUUGAUCCACCACCAGAAGAGGUUCCACAACCUGCCGAUCGACCAGGUGGUUUCAAUUGGGGAGAGCCACUGGCUGGGAACCAAGAUGCUCCACAACAAGACGCACAAUGAUUUCUAUUUGUUUGCAACUGACAACAUCCGAGUCCUCUGCAUGCCACAAACCAGCUCUAAAUAUUGUACUGCUGACUGCAUGACAUUUUCAUGUAUAAUUGGUCUCUGUGUGAAACUAUUUUUACAUAUUCUGUAAAUAUUUAUUCAUGGCCUGUCACUGUAGUGUUAAAUUGGAUUGGAUGUAGUGUGGGAGGAGAUGAGUUAACUUUGAAUCUAAAGGUAUCUCUCUAGAUUUUGUGGCCCUUUAAGUCCCCCCCCCCCCAUUAAUUAUAACUUUUAAAGUAAGUAAAAUGCAUUGUGGGUGACUGCUGAGGACAUCUCAAGUCAUUCAAAUUUUAAUUUAACUUCCAAUCUCCUUCCAGAAAGUUACUUACUUUUCACCUAUCAUUCAGCUUAUGUUUUCUCGCAAUAUUGUGAUGCAUACUCAAAAUAUAUACCUUCUAGUCUGAUAAGAGA